AAAACAAUCAAAUUGUUUCGCUUUCCCGCUAAAUCUAGCUAUUUGCAUCUCUGACGUUCCAACAUUUGUUUUUUGAUUGUUUAUUGUUUUUAUAGCAAAAUGGAACCGCACAUGAAAAUAGCGAAUCACAAAUACUACAGCCGGCAUGCAAAAUAUGCAGGAAUCACAGAGGCAGAUUUGGAAUUGUGCAUUAGAAGCUAUGACAACGAUGCUGUAGUUCGUAUAGAAUUGUUUAACCGGCAAUUUGGUUCCCAGUGGCGUGAGCAACUGCAUCGAUUUUGGCUUCUCGUUGGCCUGAUUGCAGUCUACUUUGCCUGUGUGUGGACAUGCAGUUCCAGCGUUUGGCAGGUUUCCAUUUUAAUUUUCGCAAUGCUUAUGAUUAUGCUAGGAGGCUACAUUUUGCGCUCUGUACUAAAUUUAGUGCAGUCUGAGAAGCUGUUCUAUAGUUGGGAUUUGGCUCUGCAAACAGAAACCGUGCAUACGUUUGGCCGAAAGACAAUACAGUGUGUUCAGCGUGGUCAUCUGUACGACAUAGUAAUGAAUGAGGUGAUAGAAAAUCUGGAUGUGAAGUAUAUGUUAAUUAUGAGAACUAAAGGAGGAAUGUUUGAUCGGAAACCCAUAAUUCCAUUAUUUAACGCGCUGUCUCCUUCGUUUGAGUGCCUCCAGCACAUACAUCGCAUUUUACAUGGCCAUUCGCUGCAGAAUGAAAAUUCUAGCUUAGGUGAAACAAAUCAGGACUUUAGCAUCUCGAAACCUUCCUCGGCGGCAUCAUAGAGCUCUUCGAGCAUGUCCAACUGUAGAUUUAGGUUUAAUAUUGAAAAUUUAAAUAAUAAACUACUACAUAUUUAUA